GCCAACCAAGGCAUCAUGCCACCGCUGAAAAGCCCUUCUCCCUUCCAUGAGCAAAAGAAGAGCUUGGAGAGAACCAAGACUGAAGAUUAUUUAAAGCACAAGAUCCGAAACAGACCUGAGCAUUCUGAACUGCUUGAUAUGCACAUUGUUCAAGAUUCAACUGCAGAAGAAUCCAUUCAAACUAGUCAGAUGAAACUAAAACGAGCUCGUCUUGCAGACAAUCUGAAUGAAAAAAUUGCUCUUAGACCAGGACCUCUGGAGCUGGUGGAGAAGAAUAUCAUUCCCAUUGACUCGGCUGUGAAAGAGGCCAUCAAAGGUACCCAAGGAAACUUCACUAAAUCUUCAGAUGCCUUUGCUUUUGAAGAAGAUAGCAGCAAUGAUGGGAUGUCCCCAGAGCAAGUUAAAAGUGAGGAUUCUCAGGGGUCUACAGAAUUAGCAGCAAGAAUCAAAAUAUCUGAAGCAACAUUUCCUUCAGUGUCUGGAACAACGCAGGGUCAUUCCCAUAGUUCUGAAAAUGAUAUGACUGAUUCAUCAUCUCUGCAAAAUAGCCAGCCAGAGAGUCCAAAACAGCUCAAUGGGCAGCAGACACCUCCUAUUCCUAUUACUACAUCUGUAAAGUCAAAAUCCUCAAGUGAUGGCAAGAAUCGCCAUAAAAAACCUAAGGAGAUGAAGCCCAAAGUGAAGAAGCUAAAGUAUCACCAAUACAUUCCACCAGACCAGAAGGCAGAGAAGUCUCCUCCUCCCAUGGACUCUGCCUAUGCCAGGCUACUGCAACAACAACAGCUCUUCUUGCAGCUCCAGAUCCUUAGUCAACAACAGCAGCAUCGGCACCAGCAGCAGUUCAAUUAUCCUGGGUCACAUUCCUCUCAGCUAAAACAACCAAAUGAGCCUAAAAUCUCAGGCUCUUCCCCUACGACAAUCACCAAUAAUCCUCUUUCUCCAGUGAAGGGAACCUUUUCUGGGCCAACUUGCAUUUCAUCCCUCAAACCAGGUCCUCUUCCAUCCAAUCUGGAUGACCUUAAAGUGUCAGAAUUAAGACAGCAACUCCGAAUAAGGGGACUUCCUGUGUCAGGUACAAAAACAGCCUUGAUGGAACGUCUUAGACCCUUUCAAGAGUGCAGUGGAAAUUCCGUGGCUUCUUUCAAUGAAAUAACCACUGUCACUUUCCCAGUAACUCCAACAAGUUCUCUCUCCAGUUAUCCGUCACAGUCUUCUACCAGUCUGUUAUCCAAUGGCUUUUACCAUUUUGGCAGCACUAGUUCCACUCCACCCAUCUCUCCAGCGUCCUCUGACCUUUCAGUGAAUGGCUCCUUGCCAGACAGUUUCAAUGAAGGACCAAUGUCAUCCCCACAGUUUGUCUUGCACCCGUCACCUGUGCAAGGUGGUUGUGAGGAGAGCCUGGUGGGAAGUAUCAACGGAGCUGGCAUCCAGCACGAUGUUGAAAGGGUUGACACAGAGAAAGACAAAAUGCUGGUGGAAAAGCAAAAGGUAAUCAAUGAGCUGACUUGGAAAUUGCAGCAGGAACAGAGGCAAGUGGAAGAGCUGAGAAUGCAGCUCCAGAAGCGCAAAAGAAGCCAUGGACUGGAAGAUAAGCAGCCCCCAGCACGGGUGUUUGGUUUUCCAGUCAAGCAGGAGAAUGUAGUGUCCAGCUGCCCAUUUGCCUCUAAGCAAGCUGCCUUGAAAGGUAAGGCUAGCAAUUCUGAGGCAUUAAGUAACUGUGGGACACCUCAGAUGCCUCAUCUUGUAAAUAGCCAUUGCAUGGAACCUUCUGGACAAAAUGGCAUACUGUCCUCUACAUUCCUAAGCCCACAGUGCUCUCCUCAGCAUUCUCCACUAGAGGCAGCGAAGAGUCCUCAACAUAUCAGCCUUCCACCUUCACCAAACAGCCAUUAUCUUCUCUCCAUGUCUCCUAGCCAUCAGGGAGACGGACGCAGCAGUUCUCCACAACCUAGCCGCCAUUUGUGCACAUCUCUGGUGCCGACACAAGGGGGCCCAAAGUAUUCCAUUCUGUCUGCCAGCUUUUGUAAGUCCAGUGCUUCUCUCCCAGAGGGAAAACAGCCUCCACCUUAUGCUGAUGCUGUAAAACAGCAAAUGACUCAAAGUCAGCAGAUGGAUGAACUACUAGAUGUGCUUAUUGAAACUGGAGAAAUGCCUGCAAAUGCUAAAGAGGACCGCCCUUGUCUUCAGAAGGUACCUCAGAUAACAGUGUCUUCGGGGACUUCUGGAACACCCUUGUUACUAAAGGCAUCCACUUCAUUUGAGCAAAACACCUCAAAUCAGCUCUCCUUUGAACGCUGCUCUAGCAAUGAGAGUCAUUUGGAAAUCUUGUUAAAUUCCCACAGUCCUCUCAGGCGGUCAAGUGAAGUCACCCUUCUGAAAUUGGGUACUGAGGAACCUCACUUUGAUGGAGCAAUGGAAGGAUUUUCUAGCAAGGCUGCUGAUGAAUUAGUUUCACCCCAUGAGAUCCUGCCAACUCCCCUCUCGCCCAUGGAGACUCAGUUGUCUCCCUCAUCUGGUGAAGGACCUGGUUUGCACAUGAGCUUCACAGAGUCUCCCUGGGAAACAAUGGAAUGGCUGGACCUCACACCACCAAGCUCAGCCAAUGGUUUUGGUUCCCUUACCACUACAGGGCCCAGCAUCUUCAACAUUGAUUUUUUAGAUGUUACUGAUCUCAACUUGAAUGGCACUAUGGACCUGCACUUACAACAGUGGUGAUGAAAGUAAAGCUUAA